AUGGGAGCCGUCCAUCUAGGUGGCUACUCAUUCGGCGCCUGCGUCGCCUUUGAGAUGGCACUACAGCUGCAGCAAGCGCAGCGCACCGUCGGCCAUCUUGUCCUGCUGGACGGCUCGCCAGUGGAAAUUGGCGCUAUCGCGGGCAGGUACCGGGGGCGUGCACGCACAUACGGUGUCGCCCACGAAGUGGAGUUCUUGUCGAGCGCAAUGUGCAGCUUCAUGAUGCUCUUCAUGACUGUCGACUUCAUAAAGGUGCACCGUGAACUGCUGGCGGCAGACUCACAGGAAUCGCGGGUAGCUUACGCUACCGAGGUGCUCCUACAGACCGGUCUCUUCCACGAGCGGAGCGGCCUGGAGGAAGCUGCGUGGUCGUACUACAAGAAGCUGGUCAUCGCUGACCGUUACCAGGUGGAUGAGCAUUACCAUGGCAACAUCACACUGAUCCGGACGGAGUAUGGACACGCGCGGAGCGAAGGACGUGGAGAAGAUUAUGGUUUGCACAGAGUGUGCGACGGAGUGGUGACAGUGCACAGGAUAGCGGGAGACCACGUGACUUUCAUGGAAGGCGACCGGGCCGUCGCCACGGCAUCGGCGAUCCUUGGUCAUCCGGCGCCGACCGAGGCAUGUUGAUGCAUGGCGUCGUCAUAGUAACCUGUAGGUGUAAGCUGCGGCAUCUACCGGGAGAUGUGUGCGCUGAUUAAUAUGUGCAAGAAUAUACCUGCGUUGAACACAUUAACUUAUACGUAUAUAAUUAACCCCUAUAUAUAUAAUUAUAGUAGAUAAUUUUAUAUAUAUUUUAUACAUAGUUAACGUUCAUAUAAUCACAAUAACUAUUAUUAUUAUUAUUACUACUAUUACAUAUUAUCUUUCUUGUUCUAGUUUAAUGUAGGAUUGGGCUUAAUUGAGCAUUCUGUAUACGUUUCAAUAUUGAUUCUCAUUGUCACAGAUUACAUUCAAAUUAGUUAGUAAUCCGUGUUCAGAUCAAGAGCACAUGAACUAAGUCUAGUACGUUUGAGCUUGUGUUCAGUUUCAGUUUGUGUGUUCUGGAUCAGAUAUAACUGCAAUGACAAGCCGAAGGGAUGCAUGCA